GUAAUUAAUGAUUAUGCAAGCAAUGCAUUAUAUCAUAACAAUAACAAUAUAAAUGAAAUCAAUACAGUAAUAAUAAUACUCGUAGCAACAACAACAACAACAACAAGGAUAACAGCAAAAACAAAAACAACAACAACAAUAAUGACAACAACGAUAACAACAAAAGCAAAAAUAACAAAUAAUGAUAAUAACUGUUAA